AGCAGACUGAUGAAGAAACAGACCUGAGACAGCUCUGCAGAAAGGUACUUUGCAGAGAUCCUAAGAAGCGACAGAGGACCGUAUAAUCCGAGGAGAAGAUGUCAGCUGCCAGAAAAGAACUCAAGAAGGCGCUGUGGAACUACACAGCAGACACCCUCACUGACAUCAACACAGUGAGAAAAUUUUGUGGCAGUGUGUCUAAAUGGAUGCUUUGGAGGGAAUCAGAGCUGGUCAUUCUGAUAGACAUCAAAGAGAGAGCCGACGACAUCGACCUUAACUUCAAACAUGUUACCCAGUCGGAGAACAAGGGAGAAGCCUUUAAGAAAUUUGUGAAGAGCAAGAAGAAGGUAGACAGCAGACGUGAGGAGCUGAAGAAGGAGCUGUCCGCAGUGCUGAAGGACACCCUGGUGGAGCUGGAGAACCUCCACCACUUCCUGGAUGCAGUGGAGAAGCUGGUGGCUACCUCCCUUCAUGUGUUCAUGGAGGACAGGCAGGUGGUGUUACCCCUGCCAGAGGGGGUCAGCUUAGAGGAUGUCCAGGAUGUCAUCGUUGCAGCACGGUGGAUCUGCCCUCUGCUCCUGGAGUUUAAAAGAGAUGAAAAAGCCUUCUUCCUCCCUAAACUGCAGAAUGUGGAAGUGCUUGCAUAUCAGCUGGACAGAUACAUCCAGACCACCCAGAAGAUCUGUGCGAUGUUAAAGAAAAGCACUUUGAGUGACUUCACUCUGAAGAUACCUCCAUAUCUCUCGGGAUCUGUGGAUGCAGGUUUGUCAGAAGACAACACACAGAGGAUGCUGGAUCACAUCGAUCAGCUGAAUAAAAUCAGGAUGAACCAGAACUUCCGUUUGGUUUUCUUGUUUGAUGAUGAAGUCUGCUCUGUCUUCCUCAAUGAGUUCAGCGAUCGUAAACCCCGCCUUCUGCAGUCUCUGGAUGAGCUAGAGGAGGUCGCCGUCCAGCUUGACUCCAUGAAUAAGGGAGCGAAAAUCUCCAGUGUGGUGGGCAGUUCAGUUGGAGCGGUAGGAGGCAUACUCUCCAUUGUUGGUUUGGCGUUGAGUCCUGUAACAGCUGGAGUGUCUUUGGGUCUUACUAUGGCAGGUGUGGGGCUCGGUAUCACCAGUGGGGUUAAUGGGGCUGUCACCACUGCCACAGAGAUCGGGGUGAACAGCUCACAGCAAAAGAAAGCUGGUGAGGUCUUCCAGAGGAUCAUGGAGGACAUGCAGAGUCUCCAUGAUUAUCUGGAGGAGGCCAAAAUUGAGACAAGUCAGCUAGAUGUCGCUGUGGGAGUGGGCAGAUUGUUUGGCAAGGCUGGCGGCAUUGCAAAAGGCAUCGAUUCACUUGUUUAUGCUGCCUCUGCUUUUAAAGUGCUUGGUCAGGAAGGUAAAGCUGUAGUUACUGCUUCAAGGGUGGCUUCAGACGUCCCAGAUAUCAGAAAGGCAGCAGCUAAAGGGCCUCUCGCCCUCUCCAAUGCCGCUAGAGCUGGAUUAAUUGGGCUCAAUGCUUUUUUCCUGGGCAUGGAUGUCUUCUUCAUCUGCAAAGACGGCAUCAGUCUGGCCAAGGGGAGCGAGACUGAACUGUCAAAGUUCAUCAGAGCCAGAGUUGAGCUUUGGCGCUCAGAGAUCAAUGCAUGGGAGAAGAUGCAUGAUUCCCUAAAGGACGGUCUGCUGAAAUCAGAGAAAAACAAAGCUAUCCUGGAGACGCCUUUUUACCCAGAGAUGUAAUUGGAAAAAGGAGUUGAAAUACAAAUUCCGCCUGAUAAAGUGGGUGGAAAAAAAGAAAUAAAAAAGAGAAAGUUGUACUAUACAGUAGAUCUCAGAGAUUACUGAGUGCUGUUUUGUUUUUUAUCAGCUUUGGAGCUUAUAUAUGCAUCUAAUGUGGUUUAAGUGUGAAAUUUAAAUAUACAUCAAACAUUUAAAGGCUAACUGUUUAAGAUCAAAAUGUACAUUUAUGUAAUUUCUGCAAUUUACAGAUUGUCUUUAAUGUGUUUUGAAUAAAAUCCUUAUGUGAACCUUUUGAUAAGAUGGUUUCAAAUGAGCCCUGUGAUUGACUAGCGACCAGUCCAGGGUGUACCCAGCCUCUUGCCCAAUGACAGCUUGGACAAGCUCCAGCCACCCCGCAACCCCAAACAGGAUA